AUGGCUUUGUAUCAAGAAUAUUUUAGUUUUAAAACAAAGCUUGAAAAAGCAACAAAUGAUGAAAAAAGUUAUAAAAAUUAUAUUACUAUAUUGAAUAGUUUAUCAAAAGAUAGAUUUAUAGUUGGAUCAGUUUUAGAUAAUAUUGUUAGAAAUUAUAAUGGAUAUCUUAAUAAUAAGAUGGUUUGUAAAAGUGCUCUAAAAACUUAUAAAUUUAGAGAAAAAAAGAAAGAUAAUUUUUUUGAGUAUGCAAAAUAUGAAGCAUUAGAAGAAUCAGGAGUUAUUUUAAGUGAUGAUAAUUUAAUUUAUAUUGUGCCAGAAGAGAAUUCCAGAAUAUUUCCAAAAAGAGAAACAGAAGACAUUUACAAAACUGCUGUUUAUAUUGCUAAUAUAGGAGAUAUUACUCUACAAUGUAAAGAACCUGACAAAAAUA